AUGGCCCCGUCAAUAGCAAAGGCAACGGCAGGAUCGUCGUCGACGUCCAGAUUCACUGCUUCGACGGUCAAGAGGACGUCACCCACCGCACUUCGACCCCUGUCUGCCGAGGUUGGGCUGCUGGCAAGAUCGGAUGCGAGCGCCUCGUUCUCGUUUGGCGCGCUCAACGUGGUUGCAUCAGUGUCCGGGCCUACCGAGGUCCGUGUUCGAGACGAGCUGACGGAUCGCGCGACGCUCGACGUCGUCUUUCAGCCGCAACAUGGGGUGGCGGGCAUUCCAAGUCAGGCGGUGUCGGAUUCGCUGCUGACUGCGUUGUCGUCGGUGCUGCUGUUGCACCACCAUCCUCGAUCGCUCAUCCAGCUGGUGCUUCAGACGCUCUGCUCUCCGAGCCUGCCGCAAUCGUCCGAACAUACGCUGCCGUCGGACUUGGCUUCGAAUCAGCGAUACGUGCCGCGACAGCCGCUGCUGUUGGGCCCGGACGCGCCGCCGAGCGUGACGGAGCAGGCUGCGUUGAUCAAUGCAGCCAGCUUGGCGCUUCUCGAUGCAGGCAUUCCGGCAAGAGGCAGCGUGACAGCGUGUGCAUGCGCCAUCUUGCCGGCAACGCAGGGCACGGUGCUGAGGCAGAACAGCCACCUCGAUGAGAUUUCCGAGUCGCAGCUGGCCGGCCUCGUGCGCCAGUACAAGCAAGAGAACGCUCAAGCGGACAUGGACGAAGACGAGGACGAUGCCGAUGCCGAGCGCGCCAACGGCGCAACAUCCAAGAGAUACCUCGGCGAGACGAUUGUUUUGCUCGACCCGACACCGGUGGAGAUCGACUAUGCGCUUAGCACGCACGUGUUUGCCUUCUCCUUUUCGCAGGUGCUCGAGGGUGAGGGCGACGAGGCAAAGGCGCGACAGGUGUCGGAGCAGGUGCUGGCUGAGUCGCAAGGCGCGGUGGAUCUCGAGGACCUAGGUCGGGCUCGCGAGCUGUGCCUGACAGCAUGCUCGGCGGUGCUCGACUUUAUGCGCGCCACGCUCACCAAGCGAAUCGCUUCACAGGUCUCGUGA